AUUUAUGAAAUUAGUCAGAUUUCUUAUGAAACUCAAAAAUGAGUAGGUGAUUGUGGAAUUGAAGAAUGGCACAGUUGUUUUGGGCACUAUAACUGGAGUAGAUGUAAGAAUGAAUACUCAUUUGAGCAAAGUGAAAUUGACAUUGAAAGGCAAGAAUCCUGUGGGAUUAGAUUAAUUAACAAUAAGAGGUUUAGAAAACGAUAAUUAAUUGAAUAGGAAAUAAUAUAAGAUAUUUCCACUUAUCCGAGAAUUUGUAGAUAGACAAUCUAUUGGUGGAUGAAUCAAUAUCUAAAUCUAAAAAGGUGAAAGCAGGAAUGGAAAAGAACGAUCCAAAUUUUAAGAGAAAGAAGAAGAACAAGGUCACUCGUUUACCAAGAAGAUGAAUAUGCA